AUGAUUUUUAUGCGACUUUUCCUCCUUUUUGGUCUAUCGACCCUGCUAGCAGCUGCGCCGACCCCUCAGGCCAGCGGUGCGCAGUCGUCGGGUUUUUGGAUGGCCAACAUUAAGCGUCAGGGCACAGUUGCUUUCGGCAAUUCGACCGACUAUCAGAUUUUCCGCAAUGUCAAGGACUUUGGUGCGAAAGGCGACGGCUCGACCGAUGAUACAGCAGCCAUCAACAGUGCUAUUACAACUGGAAAUCGAUGUGGCCAGGGCUGCGACUCGUCAACAACGACUCCUGCUAUCGUCUACUUUCCGCCGGGCACAUACGUUGUCUCCAAGCCGAUUAUCCAGUAUUACUACAGUCAAUUCAUUGGGGAUGCCACCGACUUGCCUGUCUUGAAGGCGGCAAGCAGCUUCCAGGGAAUGGCUGUUAUUGAUGCAGACCCAUAUACCGACUCUGGUGCGAACUGGUAUACGAAUCAAAACAAUUUCUUCCGCCAGGUGCGCAACUUCGUUAUCGAUCUUACUGCUUUGCCUCAGAGUUCUGGUGCUGGUAUUCAUUGGCAAGUCGCUCAAGCUACCAGUCUUCAAAACAUCCGCUUUGAAAUGGUCAAGGGUGGCGGUGACGCGAAUAAACAACAAGGCAUCUUCAUGGAUAACGGUUCCGGUGGCUUCAUGACUGAUCUUACCUUCAACGGUGGUAACUACGGCAUGUUCUUCGGUAACCAGCAAUUCACAACUAGGAACUUGACCUUCAAUGGAUGUAACACUGCUAUUUUCAUGAACUGGAAUUGGGCGUGGACAUUCAAGUCGGUCACAGUUAACGACUGCGCGGUCGCGCUCAACAUGUCGAACGGCCCAUCUAACCAAACCGUCGGCUCAGUCAUGCUUCUGGACAGUUCCCUUUCGACGACUGAUCAAGCCAUUGUUACUGCCUGGUCCAAGUCUAGCAUUCCCACUGGAGGUGGAGUUCUGGUUCUGGACAAUGUGGAUUUCUCUGGCUCAAAAGUGGCCGUUGGUGGAAUCGGGGGAGACACUAUUUUGGCUGGUGGAUCAAUCGUUGACAACUGGGUUCAAGGCAAUACAUAUACUACCUCUGGUACAUCUGCUGGAAAGACAAAGCGUACCACUGAGUCUACAAAUCGUCUUGAGGACGAUACAUGUCCUGCACCAGAGGUUGUCACUGUGACGGUUUUCCAGACUGGGGCGCCUGUGGGCACCACGGCUAUGGUAUCUCAACCCGACUCCACUGCUCGCAUUAGCCAACCAACUUCUGCUACAUCUGCAAUAACUGCAGCCACCAAUGCUCCUGGUUCGGUUGGCACUGCUGAUGCAGUUGGAAGUUCGACUCCUGGAUCUGCAGCUGCUGGCACCGUCACUGCACCCACUACCACCCCAGCCUCACAUGGAUCCAACACAGGUGGCUCAGGAGCUGGAUCUCCCACCGGUAAAUCUAGCCACUCCUCAUCUCCCUCACAAUCCGGCAUUUCUUCUCCGUCUGGUACGGGGUCAACAGGAACCUGCGCGGCUUCACCAGUAUCAAAAGCUAGGACCCAAGCUACCCUCGCCAAGUCGAGCAAGCCUUCUAGUCUUGUUGACAGUUCUGGAAAGGUUUAUGAACGUUCAAAGCCGCUUUAUGAGAAUGUUGCCGCCUCUUCAUUUGUCAGCGUCAAAUCGGCUGGCGCCAAGGGGGAUGGUUCAACUGAUGACACUGCUGCUAUUCAGAAGGUGCUGGAUAGUGCUACAUCUGGCCAAAUAGUUUACUUUGACCACGGUGCGUAUGUCAUCACCUCGACUAUUAAAGUUCCCAAAGACAUCAAGAUUGUCGGAGAGAUCUGGCCCAUGUUGAUGGCCUCUGGGAAAGCCUUCUCCGACCAGAAGAACCCUAUCCCUAUGUUACAAGUGGGUCAAGCCGGCGACACUGGAAAUGUCGAGAUAUCGGAUAUCAUUCUCGAGACCAAGGGUCCAGCUCCAGGAGCUAUUUUGAUGGAAUGGAAUGUGGCAGGCUCAUCCCAGGGUUCUGCGGCUAUGUGGGAUGUGCACUUCCGCGUUGGUGGUUCCGCCGGCACGGAACUUCAGAGCGACAAGUGUGCCUACAACCCUAAUGCUACCCACAACGCGAACCCUGACUGCGAAGGUGCUUUCAUGCUUUUCCACGUUACUCAGCAGGCCAGUGCAUACGUCGAAAAUUCUUGGUUCUGGGUUGCGGAUCACGAACUUGAUCUUGCCGACCACAACAAGAUUGACAUUUACAACGGUCGAGGUGUUCUGAUCGAGAGUCAGAAUGCAGUUUGGAUGUAUGGUACUUCCUCUGAGCACAGCCAACUUUACGAAUAUCAGAUCAACAACGCGAAGAAUGUGUUCAUGGCCCUCAUCCAAACAGAAACUCCAUACUGGCAAUCGAAUCCAACAGCCUUGGAGCCUUUCACUCCUCAGACCAAAUUCAACGAUCCUGACUUUUCUACAUGCACAACAGAUAGCUGUCGCAAAGCAUGGGGCCUGCGUGUACUUUCCUCCUCCGAUGUGACCAUGUAUGGCGGCGGUUUCUACAGUUUCUUCGAGAACUACAGCCAGACCUGUCUUGACAGCGAGUCUUGCCAGGAAAAUAUCGUCGAAGUCGAUUGUUCCAGUGUUUCACUGUACGGCCUUAGUACGAAAGCCAGUGUAAACAUGGUUACAUCAACAGAUGGAAAGUCGUUGGCCUUACAAGAGGACAACACAAGCAACUUUUGCUCGACAAUUGCACUCUUCAAACAAUAG